AUGGAGAUAGCGUUGGCCGAGAGGUCGCCGGACCCUCUGCCGGUUGGAGAUGAAAAGCAGGCUGGCCUGGUGGCCGAUCUGGUCCACGCCAGUGAGGCCGAAUACACACCGGCCCAGUACCGCCGGCUGGUGCGCAAGGUGGACUGGAUCAUUCUCCCGCUGAUGUGGAUUAUCUCUGGCACGCAGUACGCCGACAAGGCGUCCAUUUCGACCCAGGCAACCUUUGGUCUGGAGCAGGACACCCAUCUGGUGAGCCAACAGUACUCCUGGCUGACCUCGAUCUUUUACCUGGCGUUCCUGGUCAGCGAGGCCCCCGGUAAUUAUAUAUUGCAGCGUGUCAGUGUUGGCCCGACCGUGGCAGUGUCUAUGUUCUUCUGGGGCAUCAUCGUGCUGUGCAUCGCCUUCGCCACCAACUUUGCGGGUCUAGCAGUGCUGCGAUUCCUUGAAGGCGUCACCGAAUGCACCACCUACCCAGCUCUUCUCCUAAUCACGGCCACAUGGUAUACUAAAGAAGAACAUGCAAUGCGCUCGGUCAUCUGGGGCAGCGCUAACGCUGGGAUGGAUGUAUUGACCAGCCUGGUCAACUACGCUAUUGGCCGCCGCGCUGAGACACACCCCAAUGGAAUGGCUCCCUGGAAGGGAAUCUCUUUCUUUUUAGGGGCGUUGACCAUUGUACUCAGCGGCAUUACCUAUCUACUCCUCGGUACCCCACGCGAGGUACGCUGGCUGUCCGUCGAAGAAAAGCGCAUGGCUGCGGCACGAGUAGUGGCCAGUCAAACUGGCUCGGAUGCCCAGAAGCGCACCCUGGACUGGAAGCAGGUGGUCAUCACCUUCCGCGACCCCCAGACCUACUUCUUCUUCUUCCUCGUCAUUGUCAAUUCAAUUCCCAAUGGCGGCACAACGGCCUUUGGAAACCUCGUCUACGUCUCGUUCGGCUUUACGGCCCUGGAGACCAUCGUUAAGGGUAAGAUUCCACAGCAGAUGCUGUCAAUUGCCUGGUUUUUGAUCGCUGGUUAUCUAACAUUGAAGAAACCUAAUCUCCGCUUCUAUAUCAUGAUUGUUUCGGUUGUCCCUGCCUUUUGCGGUAUGCUCGCCCUGGCUCUGCUCCCGCACUCCUCGGGCCUGCUGUGGGCGCGCUGGGGUGUGUACUUCAUGACCAGUGUGGGAAAUCUAGCUGGUCCUCUCAUAUGGACUCUCUUGCCAUCAAACGUGGCAGGGCGGACGAAAAAGUCGGUUACGGGCACCGUCCUAUUCAUUGCCUACUGUGUAGGUAACUGCAUUGGCGCCCAGGUCUUCCAGGCCAAGGAUGCGCCGCGAUACAUUCCUGCAAUCGUAGUGUGUUCAAUUAUGUAUGGACUGGAGAUUGUUUUGAUGAUUGCCUGGCGCACAUACUAUGUUUGGCAGAAUAAACGUCGUGCUUCCCUGAUUGCCGCCAUGGCUAUGACGACCCAGGAGUCGGCGCAUCAGGGCCGCCUUAAUGCAGAGUCAGACAUGACAGACUACGAGAACAUCCACUUUGUGUACAGUUUGUAG